CGAGCGGCCAGCCGACCAACUACUACUGAAUCACUUCACUCUAUUCGUGGGCACUACAUUUAACAUUCGACCGCGAAAGUGUGCGCUCGCGCCUUGUUUUAACUGCAAUCGCUGCGUUAUCUUUAGUAUUUCUAUAAGAUUGAUAAGAUCAUUACAUCACUGUAUGAUAAUAAUCAAGGACUAAGUUACGGACGAACAGUACACCGUGAGUCGCCACCGCUGUACGAUACAGCGGUAUUUAAAUAAAGUGUGAAACAGUACUAUUUACUGCCGGUUAGUGUGUGAAUAUUGUGUUUGUCAAUUUAUCGGAUGUCGCCGCACUCAACAUGGGUACGACGAAAAGACUGAAGAUUACAGUGGUUGGCGAUGGUAUGGUCGGCAAGACUUGCCUGCUCUACGUAUACACCAAGAACGAAUUCCCAGAAGAAUAUGUACCAACAGUAUUUGACAACUAUGUCGGCCACAUCACUGUGGACGGUGAGGAGGUGGAGAUGGCCCUGUGGGACACGGCCGGCCAAGAGGACUACGAACGGUUAAGACCUUUAUCCUACACUCAUACAAACUGUUUCCUGGUGUGUUAUUCGGUGGGUUCACGUUCGUCAUACGAAAACGUGGUCCACAAAUGGUAUCCAGAGCUCAAACACUUCAAUGAAAAAGUACCCAUUGUAUUAGUCGCGACUAAGACAGAUUUACGUGCCUCUGGCAGCGCAGUCAUUACCACACAGGAAGGAAAAAAGUUAAAAAAGAAAAUAAGAGCGGUGCAGCUGGUGGAGUGCUCGGCGCUACAUCGAGUGAACAUGAACGAGGUGUUCGAGGAGGCGGUGCGCGCCGCGCUGCGCAAGACGCCGGUCCACAAGCGAACCUGUCAAUACCUCUGACCAAUAUGCUUACUCCAUCAUGCUAUCUUCAUACAACGCCAUCUUAAUACCAUUGAAAGGCUUUAUGCUAUAAUGUUCCUUACUUGUAAUUUCCUCAUAACUUUUCAUACGAUAAAAUUUUGACAGUAAUUUAACAAGUUUGGAUCGAUGAGUCGACCAAUUAAACGUUUCAUUAAGAAGACGUCAGUGUUGACGACAUUCUAUGAAAUAUUGAUUUCAAGUCGUGGUAUUGCAUUGUACCUACGGAUUCUUUAAUUUUAAAAGAAUUAUGAGAAAGUAAUUCAUAGACACGUUAUGAGAUUUCAGUUAGUUUAAGAUGAAACAUGCACUAUUUAUGACGCUUUUGUACAAAUAUGUUAAUAUUUUAAACUUUAUUUUGACUUGUAAGAUGAAAACGAAAGAUGUAUAUUUGGUUUAUAAUUGUAAAUAGAAACUUAGAUUAAAACAUUAACUUAAUCUAAAAUCUUACUUUUGCAUUUGUAAGAUUGUUUUCGUAAUUUCGCAAUUUAAAAUAAUCGAGUAUUUAUGCAUUUCAAGUAAUAUGAGGUCGAACAGGCUACCUUAUAUGAGGAACAAGUUUUGAUUUCUCUAGCAUAGCACAUCACACUGCCACAGUAGAUGUAUUUCGCUGUAAUCGUAGUCUGUAUAUCUUUCGGCAGAGCUACGGGCGCAGUAUUCAGUAUCAGUGAUGACGCUGAUAGUAGUCAUCCAGACUUGAGUGUAACCAAAUGUUUGUCAUCGGAAGUCUAGGAUUUCCCGAAGCCGCAAAUAGGUGACGUCAUAAAUACACGUAGCAGUAUAAAAUGUAUUAUAUUUUACGUUAAAUUGACUGAAUCAGUAUUUUUAUACCACAGGAAACUAAUGCAAACAAUUGAUACAUACUAACAUAGUCACAUGUAUUAUAUAGAUCGUAGGGUAUUAUUUUGAACAGGAAAAUUGUAAGGAAACAUGUAUUUACAUUUAAGAAUGUUCAAAUGUGUUUAUCUUAUGUACACAUAUUGCAAUUCUUAUCGUAAUACGCUUACUGGUUUAGUAUUACUUAGAUACUACAAAAGAACGACCAAAACGGACUGACCAAAUUAUAAUAAUUUGCAAAUGUUAAUGUUUACCAAGUCUUGAUGAUAAGUAAAUAUAAUAUAUUAUUAGAAAAUUGUCUUUUA